AAAAACGCGGACAAAUUUUUGCUCGAGUUACGCUUCUGGUAUAACUUCCUAUUCUGUGAUUUAAAGAAGUAGUGUUGUUACUAUGGUUACGCCAAGCAACCAAAAGCAAAAACAAAUAUGGCGGCCGCACUAAGAUGUGUAUAUGAUAAUUCACACAUGUUUCUUCAAGACGGUUCAACUACACCGCUUCCAAAGCCUUACUUGCCAUCCAUACCGCCUGCAAAAACCCGGAAACAAUCUUAUAGCAGGUAUGCCAAGUCUUAAAGUUUGUAUUUUGGUAUUUAUAAAUUCCCUAAUCACUGCUUUUGUAAUUCAAUCGUUUUCAAUUAAAAGUUUACACUUGUGAUACAAAUAUACAAUAUAAAUUUACAAAUGCCAAUAUUUGUAUGAUAGCAUAGAGUAAUAUGUAUAAUUAUUUGCAUAUAAGUAUGUAUGUGUAUAUUGUAUACAGUAUAUGUAUGACAUUUUUCCAAAAAGUGCUCAAACUCUCAGUAGUUCAUUACUUCACUAAAAAAUAGAAAAAUCUAAUUUUUCCAAUGUUAUAGCUUAACAGUUUAAAGGUGCUGGUUUUGUUAGGUAAUGUUGAAGCUUCAAGGCUGAAUACAAGUGGUAAUAACUAACAUUUAUUGAGCUCACUCCAAAGGUUGUUUGCUCAAAAACCUACAUUUUGUUUAUACAAGAAGCAGUCCUAUGACUGCAUGAAACUUGAAAUUGGUGGAAACCUGUUUUAUGUAUUUGUUUUAUGUAUAUAUUCAAUUUAUUUUUAAUUUAAUAUAAGUAAUAUUUUCUUGUAUUUUUGAAGGUUUGUACAUGAAGCACCCUUGUUGGCUUUAUCUGGCACAAGAUAUGACACUAAACCUCCCCCUAAGGUAUGUGAGAAUUUGAGGAAUGCAAAACGUUUUCUCACACACUGAGAUUAUAUGACAGAAUAGACUAUAUAGAAGCCUGACCUCUUGAUUUUUCCAAUGAUUUUGGCAUAACUGUAAUUUGUCAUCAAAAUGCUGACGCCAUGGGCCUUGAUAGGCAUUCCCCCCCUGAAAAUAUUCAAAAUGGUGGAUGUCCGGGGGGUAAUGCCUCUCAUUAGCACACUCUUAGCCCAUGGCGUCAGCAUUUUGAUGAUGAAUCAUGGCAUGGUAUAGCGGUUUCUCGGGUACAUUGACCUUCUGUAUGUCUUUAUUCUGUGAUGUGGUAGCAUGCUAAGAAAGCAUAUUCUCAAAACAAGGGAGUCUCUAUAUUGGGCUAGCCUGGGCUCAGUUUAGGCUGCCUGGCUAUCCUGGUUCAUGUCAUGAAUAUGUUUUUCUUUGUGGCAAAAUGUAAUUUUAAUUACAACUAGUCGAAGGCCCCAGUUACACAAUACCAGAAUCACUUUUUACUACACCAAUGUAUGCUGCCUGAAAAUAUUCAAAAUGGUGGAUGUCCAGGGGGUAAUGCCUCUCAUUAGCACACUCUUAGCCCAUGGCGUCAGCAUUUUGAUGAUGAAUCAUGGCAUGGUAUAGCGGUUUCUCGGGUACGUUGACCUUCUGUAUGUCUUUAUUCUGUGAUGUGGUAGCAUGCUAAGAAAGCAUAUUCUCAAAAUAAGGGAGUCUCUAUAUUGGGCUAGCCUGGGCUCAGUUUAGGCUGCCUGGCUAUCCUGGUUCAUGUCAUGAAUAUGUUUUUCUUUGUGGCAAAAUGUAAUUUUAAUUACAACUAGUCGAAGGCCCCAGUUACACAAUACCAGAAUCACUUUUUACUACACCAAUGUAUGCUGCCUGAAAAUAUUCAAAAUGGUGGAUGUCCAGGGGGUAAUGCCUCUCAUUAGCACACUCUUAGCCCAUGGCGUCAGCAUUUUGAUGAUGAAUCAUGGCAUGGUAUAGCGGUUUCUCGGGUACGUUGACCUUCUGUAUGUCUUUAUUCUGUGAUGUGGUAGCAUGCUAAGAAAGCAUAUUCUCAAAAUAAGGGAGUCUCUAUAUUGGGCUAGCCUGGGCUCAGUUUAGGCUGCCUGGCUAUCCUGGUUCAUGUCAUGAAUAUGUUUUUCUUUGUGGCAAAAUGUAAUUUUAAUUACAACUAGUCGAAGGCCCCAGUUACACAAUACCAGAAUCACUUUUUACUACACCAAUGUAUGCUGCCUGAAAAUAUUCAAAAUGGUGGAUGUCCAGGGGGUAAUGCCUCUCAUUAGCACACUCUUAGCCCAUGGCGUCAGCAUUUUGAUGAUGAAUCAUGGCAUGGUAUAGCGGUUUCUCGGGUACGUUGACCUUCUGUAUGUCUUUAUUCUGUGAUGUGGUAGCAUGCUAAGAAAGCAUAUUCUCAAAAUAAGGGAGUCUCUAUAUUGGGCUAGCCUGGGCUCAGUUUAGGCUGCCUGGCUAUCCUGGUUCAUGUCAUGAAUAUGUUUUUCUUUGUGGCAAAAUGUAAUUUUAAUUACAACUAGUCGAAGGCCCCAGUUACACAAUACCAGAAUCACUUUUUACAACACCAAUGUAUGCUGUUCAGGAGUAAUGUCUGUCCACAAAAUUUCCCCCUUUAAUAGUUUUCAUUACAAGCAAAUACGAUACUGUGUAACUGGGAUCUAAACUUUUAUUUUUUCUGAAAGUCUUGAAUAAGCCACUGUAUGUAAGACAUAUUGGAAGAAAUUAGUCCACAUGUAUAACCAGGCUGGCCUGUUGUGACAAUUACAAACUGCCCCUAAAUGUGAAAUUCUAAUUCAGUUUUUAAAAUUGUUCUGUUAUUGAUUUGUAUAGUCGCCGUGUGUACCCAAAGGUCAAAAACGAGCUUUGGUUGGUCUGACUAAUCGAUGGCGACUACCAGAAAAUGUUGCAUCUGAUCUACUAGGCUCAUCUCAAGCCAUGAAGUCUGUAUUUGUGCCUUACAAUGAAACUUUAGUACCCAUUAACACAGGUACAGUCACAUGUGAUCAAAUGUUGUUGUAG